CCCCGCUGUGGGAAGCCUCCCUUUUUUCUGACGUCACGUCCAACUUCAAUGAGCUCUCGUGCCGGAAGGAAAGAUGGCGGAUCAUGAGGAGCCGUUAUCUGAUGAGGAGAAGGUGCGCAUCGCAGCGAACUUCAUCAUCCACUCUCCUCCCGGGGAAUUCAACGAAGUUUUCAACGACGUACGAUUGCUCCUCAACAAUGACAAUCUCCUCAGGGAAGGUGCAGCGCAUGCGUUUGCGCAGUACAACCUGGAGCAGUUCACUCCAGUCAAAGUCGAGGGGUACGAAGAGCUGGCCCUGAUUACGGAGCACGGGGACCUGGGGAACGGCCGGGUCCUGGACCCCCGGAACAAGAUCUCCUUCAAGUUCGACCAUCUGCGCAAGGAGGCGAGCGAGGUGCGGCAGGAGUCCGAGGGCCCCCUGGAGGGCUGGCGGAGCACGGUGGACGGAGCGGUGCGGGCCUACAUCAAGGAGCACUACCCCACCGGCGUCUGCACCACUUAUGGGAAAACUAUUGACGGACAUCAAACCAUCAUUGUGUGCAUUGAGUGUCAUCAGUUUCAACCAAAAAACUUCUGGAACGGACGCUGGAGGUCGGAAUGGAAGUUCACCAUCUCCCCAUCUUCCACUCAGGUGGCUGGAAUAAUGAAAAUCCAGGUUCAUUACUAUGAAGAUGGCAACGUUCAGCUGGUGAGCCACAAGGAAGUCCAGGAGUCCAUGACCCUCUCUAAUGAAGAACAAACUGCGAAGGAAUUCAUAAAACUCAUCGAGGCAGCAGAGAACGACUACCAGACGGCGAUAAACGAGAACUACCAGGCCAUGUCCGACAGCACCUUCAAAGCCCUGCGUCGCCAGCUGCCCGUCACGCGCACCAAGAUCGACUGGAACAAGAUCCUCAGCUACAAGAUCGCCAAGGAGAUGCAGAACGCUUAACGAGCUCCGCCGCACUACCGGGUUAAUCUCGUGUCGUCCUUCUAAACAAAAAAAAAAAAAAAAAAAAAAAACAGAACAACUUAAAAUUAAACGUUUCCGUCUCACAAACGCAUACGAUGAUCCACUUGCAGAUGCCUACUUUUAUUCAGAGUUUUAUACAGAUGUCAAUUAAAAAAAACCUCUCUCUGACCGUGUUACUGGAAUAUGAAUCGCUAAAGAACAAUGGCCUUUUGCAGCAGCUUUUUUUUGUGUUGGGGGUAGUGCAGGGUUGUACAGUAUUUUCUUCAGGAAACAGUCGUUCUUGUGGAGGUGAGACCGCACCAUUUGAACUGAUCGCAAGAAAUCAAACCCCAUUAAUACAUUUGGGGGGAUGGGGCGGUGUUUUGCUGACACCCUCUUUUAAUGUAGUGUAGAAUUAACUAAUUAAAUUAAAAUUAAACCGAGGAAUCUUCCAUGGCCGUCUUCAGAUGUGGAAUACGGUGGGUUGCUCACACGUCUGUCAUCCUUUUGCACGAGCAGUCAUUCUCGCCCACUUAUUAAUAUUGCCCUCGCUGUUUCCGCCUUUUUGUGUCGUACAACCAAAAGCCUAACCGCAUACGCGGCGCCUCUGCUCAUGGAGAAUAACAGGUAAUCACUGUGACUUGGGGCUCCGUUCGCUGAGCCGGUCCUGAGGAAAAACUCGUAAAAUCGGGAACCGCGUAAUUAACAAAACUUUUAAUUGCCCUAAUCGCGGAGCUUUGACUCGCGUGUACAUGUUGAAAGACUUAACAUUUGUAUGACCUGCCCCAAGUUCUUAUUUUUAUUAAAACAAGACAUGUACUGUAUUAUAACAUAUAAUAAGGCACAUUGUAAUAUAUACCUGUAUUAAAAAAAAAUCUUGUCUGUCA